AGUCUUCUUAAGUCAGAAAGACAUUUCCAAGGCAGACUCUGCAAGAAAAAUGGGCACCAAGGGAAAAGUUAUUAAGUGCAAAGCAGCCAUUGCCUGGGAAGCAGACAAGCCCCUUAGCAUUGAAGAGGUUGAAGUUGCUCCCCCCAAGGCUCAUGAAGUUCGAAUUCAGAUAAUCGCCACGUCCAUAUGCCAUACUGAUGCCAAUCAUAUUGAUCCUAAAUUUGAGGAGGCUCUUUUCCCAGUGAUCCUUGGCCAUGAGUGUGCAGGAAUAGUGGAAAGUGUUGGGCCAGGAGUGACCAACUUCAAAGCAGGUGACAAAGUAAUUCCAUUCUUUGCACCUCAAUGUAAAAAAUGCAAGUUUUGUCUGAGUCCUCUCACAAAUCUUUGUGGAAAACUCAGGAAUUUUAAAAAUCCUACUAUUGAUCAAGAACUAAUGGAAGACAAAACCAGCAGGUUUACCUGCAAAGGAAAACCAAUUUACCACUUCAUGGGAGUCAGUUCAUUCUCUCAGUACACUGUGGUGUCAGAUGUCAAUCUUGCCAAAAUAGAUGAUGAUGCAAAUUUAGAGAGAGUUUGUCUGUUUGGAUGUGGAUUUUCAUCUGGCUAUGGGGCCGCAAUCAAUACUGCCAAGGUCACACCUGGUUCUACUUGUGCUGUUUUUGGCCUAGGAGGUGUAGGUCUUCCUGCUGUGAUUGGUUGUAAAAUAGCAGGAGCUUCCAGAAUCAUAGCUGUUGACAUCAAUAGUGAGAAGUUUGCAAAGGCCAAAGCCCUAGGAGCCACUGACUGCCUCAAUCCUAGAGACCUAGAUAAACCCAUCCAGGAGGUCAUUGUUGAGAUGACCAAUGGAGGUGUGGAUUUCGCCCUUGACUGUGCAGGAGGAUCUCAAACCAUGAGAGCAGCCCUGGAUAGUACAAUAGUAGGUUGGGGAUCGUGUACUGUGGUUGGAGUAAAGGUUGGUGACAAAGGAUUGGACCUUUCUCCAAUAGAGCUAAUAAUGGGCCAUACUAUAAAUGGAACAUUUUUUGGUGGUUGGAAAAGUGUAGAUUCUGUCCCAAAACUGGUUACUGACUACAAGAAUAAGAAAUUUGAUCUGGACGCAUUGGUGACUCACACCCUGCCUUUUGACAAAAUCAAUGAGGCAUUUGACCUAAUGAACCAAGGAAAAAGCAUCCGAACAGUCCUGACUUUUUGAAGAUGCCAGAACAAUUUGGAAUAUUAUUCAAUUGAAUCUGAAUCUGUGUGGUUAAUAUAUUACCUGACAAGAUAAAUCAAAGAAAGCUAUGAGCUGUAAAUGCAUAUUUCUGUUGCUGUCUCAACAUAAAAUAGUUAUAAAUGGUAUGGCAUCUAUACUCAUAAAAUGUAUUCAAAUUUCCUAUGUUAAUAAUUACGAUUACUGAAGUAUUUAUGAAUAGAAUCAUGUGAUGUUUAGAAAUUAUUUAAAAUUAGUUCUGGGGUGAUGAGAGUGGGGGAUGAAGGAAAAACAAAGUUAUAUUGACCAUACAUUUAUAAUUUUUGAAGCUGGUAGACAAACUCCAUAGGGAAUUCCAUUAUACUGUUAUCUCUACUUUUGUCUAUGUUGAAAAUAUUCUACAAUUCACCAAUUUUUACUGGAAAAAAAGUCACUAUAUAUUAUACACUUAAAUAAAAAUACUAUCACAUAAUUUUGUGUUUGAAUAAACUAUAAACUACUCUAUUAAAUAAGCCGCUAAAUAGA